ACCAAAAAACUUCGGGAUCGCUGAAUGCUUCGUAACCUAUGACGCUUUCUGUCAAAAAUUCCCUAAUUUGAUGGAAACGAAAAGUCGUGGAAAUGUUGUGUUUGUCAUUAUUGAGAGACGUUUGAAUGACACUUUAGUUGCAACCUGGAUAUCACUAGAUUGUGUUUCAUUGAAAUUAUACAGUACAAAGGUUACGGACGUUGCAUAUAAUAUUAAACGGUGUACACGUAAGCCAGCAUGAUUGUUAUUUGCACGAGAUGAUGGUUAUUAAAUAUCUAAGUAUAGCAUUAGACAAGCAUUCAGAUUCAAAAUGGUGUACGGAAGAACAGAGAUACCGACUGACCAUGUUACGCUUUUCAUUCUACUUGCUCAGGUCAUUAAUCAGUACAUUGUUACAUUGGCAAUACGUAUUUCAACGUGAGAAAUGAUAAGUGAAAUAAAGGUAAAAUGAAACCAUUUACUUGCAAAAAUGAUCUCUCAUUUUCUUUAUAGCCAUUUUAACUGUUGAAGUAUAAAAGAUCUUUACUGAUUGCUGAAUUGAUCCUGUUUAAACUGAUGCUAACGCUCUUAAACUGUUAAAGUAACAAAUUCAAUAAUACGACAAAUUUGCGUAUAAAGGCAAUCUCAAUACAAUAUCGAUACAGAUUACUUACUCUUCGUAGCUAACAUCUUGUGAAAGCAAAUUUAGGCGUUCAAUAAUUGGACAAAUAAUCCUUCGGUGUUCAAUUAAGUAUAAGGGAUCAAGACUGUUCAAUAGUUAUUGGUACAUCCACAGCUAAAACAACAUGAACGAAGCAGGUGAUAAAAUUAGCAUCAACUUCAGUGUUGUGAAGGACCAGAGGAUAGUGGUCUGCACUAAUAUGGAAUACUUCGAAGAUGAUCUAUAUGAGUGCAUUAUUAAGAAUAAAAAGGCCCCAGUGUUUCAGUACAUCAAACGCGGCCUUGAUCCGAAUCACGCGUUUCGAAGCGUUGACCGACCUGAACGACUUGGAAAGACCAUGCUCGAGAUAGCUGUGCUAGAAGGCUCCACUGACAUCGUCAAACUUCUAUUGGAUCGUAAAUGUGACGUGAACCUUAUGUACAUUGUUAACGUUAAUCAGUUUUCCUAUCAACUGGAGCAGUUCAAGAAAAUGGAGCGUCUGAAACUAACAUGUAUAUACCGAUGCAUCGUUUACUCUCAAGUGCAUUUAGUACGAAUGCUAGUAAGUGGAGGUUUUGACGUGAACAUCCAUGAUGAACGGGGAUGUUCGGCUUUGUGGCACGCUGUAGACCAGAAUGACUAUGAAAUGAUGAAGGCUAUGCUAAUUUCAAAGACUGCCGAUGUAAACAAAUGUGACAAUACCAGUAAAUUGACGCCUUUACAUAUCGCCGCGAUGAAGGGCAACGUCAAGAUGUCAUCGUUAUUGAUUCAGCGCGGCGCAGACGUCGAUCGGGUUCAACUUCGUGGAUCAACUGCGUUAGUUCUUGCAUGUAGGUCGGCAAAUUACGACACUGUGAGGAUUUUACUUUUAAACGGUGCUGAUCCAAAUCACGUCGGAUUUAACGGUCACAACGUCAUAUCGACAGCGCUACAAUCAACGACAGAUACUCGUAUACCCAAGAUGCUGCUCGUAUGCGGGGCCCUUGUAGAUCAAGAGCUCAUAGAUAUUUGUAGAAAGGAGGGCAAGAAAUUCAUGCUGUUUAAGGAGCAUCCUGAAUUCUUCGAGCUUUUAAAAGAAUGCGCAUCCGUUCCACGCUCCAUGAAGACGUUAUGUUGCUUAGCUAUUCGCCGGCUGCUGGUUAAGUCGGGAAGUAACAUGCAUUUGAUAAUGAAAGUUGAGAAACUUCCGCUUCCAAGGUUGAUCAAAGAUUACUUGUUGUUUGGGCACGUAUAGUUUGCAUUUAUAGAAGCUUAGUUCGUGUUGUCAGAAGUUGUCUUUGUGCCGUUUUUUUUACCAAACUGUGAAAAACGGUUAACAUAAUUGUUUAAUAAAAUGGCGUUUGUUAA